GUUUUACAUUAAAAGCUACGUAACCAAUAUGGCGGGUAUGACAAUGAACUCGCUAUUAAAAAACCGAUUAGAAUCAUUUAGAUGCUGCGCAAAUGAUGUAAUCCACUUUAAACUUGUGAGACAGAAAUCGGAUUUGGAAGAUGAUUCAACUACAUUUCAUCCAGAGAUGACCCAUCAGCUGUUCGGUGAGCAAGAAUCAAUAUUUGGUUACAAAGAUCUUAUUGUGGAGAUGUUUUACAGUGCAUCCAGACUGACAACCUAUGUCAAUAUGCAGUAUUUUGAGAAAAUUUCACCAAACUUGUUUGAUGGUAUAGAGCCAGAUAACGUGAUGGAAACUGUAGCCAAAGAAAUACCUCCAGGGUUUGUUACAAAUAAAGAUGAAUUCACAAGGUUAUUACCAAAAGAUGCUUCUUUCAAACCAUAUGGAGAGAUGCUACAUUCAUAUAAAGUCUCAAAGGGAAAUGAUUUGAGAAAUUUUGAGAUCUACCACACAGAUAUUGAGACUCCAGGUUUCAGAGAGUAUCAUGAACGAUUACAGACAUUUAUACUCUUCUUCAUUGAUGGGGCAUCAGUCAUUGAUGUAGAUGAUAGUAGAUGGCACUUCUAUCUGUUGUUUGAAAAAUACAAAGUAAAUGAGAAUCCCAUGCAUGCUAUAGCUGGCUACAUGACAGUUUACAAUUACUAUGCAUAUCCAGAGAAAAAGCGACCUCGUGUCAGUCAGGUACUGAUUCUGCCGCCAUUUCAGAAACAGGGCCAUGGUGCUGAGCUACUGCAGACAUUUUACAAUACAUGUUACUCAAGAUCUGAAAUUAAGGAUAUAACUGUUGAGGAUCCAUCUGAGAAUUUUCAGCGAGUUAGAGAUUAUGUUGAUGCAAGAAACUGUAUGGAUUUAGCCAGUUUUCAGUCAGAUAAAUUGCAACUGGGUUUUUCUGAUAACAUGGUACAAGAUGCGAAAAACAAAUUGAAAUUAUCUAAACGACAGACAAGAAGAAUCUAUGAGAUACUGCGUUUAAAAGCAACAAAUGUCAACGACAAGGAGCAGUACAGAAGUUAUAGGUUAGAUGUGAAGAAAAGAUUAAAUGCUCCAUUUCAGAAAAAUGGACGUGAUAAUAAGAAACUAGAACAAGUUUUACAACCCAAUGAACUGUCAGCUACCAUGAACUCAUGGCCUUUAGAACAGAGACAUGCUUAUUUAGAAAAAGCUUAUGAAGAAUUUGAAGAACAGUACAAACUAGUCAUUGACCGACUUGAAAAAUACCACUGAUUACAUUCCAUAUCCGAAGGGAAAAAAACAUGUUCAAAUGAAAACCCAGAAUUGAUUUGACUUAAAAUUGAUUUCCAGUGCUAGAUUGUGUAUGAUAAUUUAUGUUCUGACUAACUUGUACUAAAUUUUGCCUUGUCAGUAAAAUACUUUUGUUUCAA